AUGUUUAUGUUAUUUAACCAUUGUGCUAAAACAUAUGUAAGAAUUGGCCUGGGUAAUUACAUUUGUACUUCACACGAACCUUCUGAAGUUGAAUAAAUUUUGCUUGAAAUAUUAGACUUUUCAAGAACGUCGGUUGCUUGUUGCUCGACAAGUCACGAUGGCUGGGCUCUCCAAAAGAAAUUUAACUCACAAUCGCACUUGUAUUAAAGACAUUUGUACUGGAACAACAAUUUUUGUUACCUCGGUCAAACUUCUACAUCCAUUGCCAUUUGAAAAUUCUAGGUCUCACAAAAACUGCGAUUUUGAAAGUGAAACUUUCGGGCUGCCGAUACAUUUUUGGCCAUAAGAGUCUGGUCAAAACUGUUGCGUGACAGGAUUCACAGGCUUCCCAAUCUAACCAUUUGAGUGUGCUUUUCUUUAAUGUUCUUGCCAAAAGUAGCAUAUUAUGCUACUAACAAUCCAAAUUGUGUUUUUUUCUUUCUUUUUUUUCUACGUUUUCUUAAAGUAUGCUUCCAUACAAUACUAAAUAAGUCCAAAAAUAUCGUUUUUCACGUCAACGUCCCUCCUUUCCUUGUAUUUGCCUUUGAUUGACUUCUAGCUUCAAUCUCUAGUCUAGCUAUUUCACCGCGCUAUCAGGCGGCUGUCUUUCCUCUCGCAUAUGCAAGUUCCAUUGUUUUGGAUAACAGUUCUCGUAAAAAUUCUGCAAUUAUCUUUCAGUAUGUAUAUUUUUUUUCUAAUCUAAUCAUGGUUGUUCGUCAAACUCUUGUUUCUGUUUAUAUACAGAGGAACCCCGCUUUGCGACCACCCCUUUUAUACGACCACCUCUUGUCUCACCUCUAGUACGUGAAAAUCUCCCAGUCAUUUUAUUAUUCGCUAACAUAUAGGGCUAAAAGCGAAGCUCCCGUUAAUAAAUUUAUCAUUUAAAUCAAACAAUAAACUUGUAAUCCACGAAUCAGUUAACUUUAGGGCACGUUCAUAUGACUUUGAGGCAAAUGCGAAGUGAUUUAAGAGAAAAAUAAUUUGUCAUGUACAGCCCAAGAGUGAAACAAAUUUUACAUCGAGUAAUAGUCUUAUAUGUGCACCCAAAAAUAGCAAUCAUAUGUUCGAUCACAGUAGAUUAGGUCUGGAAAACAAAUUCUUCCCAAACAAAAUAACCCAGUCGCCCACCACCUUAAUUUUAUAAGGUUAAUGCAUAGCCUCUCAGACAACUCCGUUCUAAAAAAUCAGACCGGAUUUUUUGUGUUCGACAAGUUUACUUUACAAGAAACUCUUGGCGACAAAUCUGGUGGCGUGUAAACCAGCCCUUUGAAUAUGCUUUUUCAUCACAUCUGAGUUAAACAGUACUAUGAGGCGCUCUUUUUUUAUCAUACAGACCUCGGACAGAAUUUGUUCUUUUUUUUCCUAUUUAAACUUAUAAUUCUGCGGUUUUUCACAAUUUUGCAAGACAAAUUGCACUCAUUAAAUAUCCAGGACCAUCGAAGCGCGCGCUUCCUUUGCACAACAAAUUGUAGCAUUGACCACAUUAUAAAACGUUUUCAUGAAGAGAAUUCCAUAAUGCCGGGACUUUUCAGUUAGAAAAUCUGGUCCCAUGUGAUAUGCAGGGUAACAACUAUGGGCUUUUAGUGAAAACGAUAAAAAAAAUUCCCAAAAUCACCUAUACGGCCAGCCGUACGAGUUCUCCCUUCUAACAAGCACCAACUAAUUUGCAGUUCAAUCUGUCAAACGGGUAUGAAUGAACAUUAAUAGAGAGUUUAAGAUACCGCGACUACGGACUACGACUACAGUUGAACAUGCUACUACGCAAGAUCAAAACCACGUGACUGUUCAUUUUUCCCACGUAGUCCUGCGGCUACGGUGAGUUGUUGACCUGUUUCGCGUAGUCGAGACUACGGAGAACAUUUUGGUCGUAUUUUGUCGUCUCGGUAAUUCAAGAAUCUCGUCUUUUCGUAAAAAAGUUUUCAAUUCACCUGCUUUAAGUGAGAGGGAAGCGAAAUAUGUCAGUUGUGUCUAAUUUCUGCUCAGAUUUAUGCUUUUAAUCCAUUGUUGUGACUACAUUUCAUCUAGCUAAGCUUAGAAUUUAGAUUGACGGCCGAGGAGAAGAGAAGUCAUGUAGGUAAUUUACUUUCUCUUCGCACUUGAAAAGUUUCAAUGUUUGUUCGAACUGAUUAGUGUGUCUUUCUAUUUGUGUAACCUUUGUUUAUGCGAGUUUUUGUAUCGCUUUUGCUGAAUGAAAAUGAUGUAAACAUCUUCGAGACAAUCAAAACUCUGCAUUUCAAUACUUCAAACUACAUCAGAUCAGUAGUCGGAGAAGUCCAUCUUCUAAAUCUAAUAAAUGAGUUAUUACUAUUUCUGUCUAUUUCUUUAAUAUUUGACAUAAGUAUUCAUCGGCGAAAAAAUAAAACCUGUGUAACCAAAACUUUGUUCACCAAUUUCACCCGACGUAAUUGUUUCCUUCAAGUAUGGAAUAAUUUGUUCAUUGUUCUUAAGAUAAGAUCACAUGCAAAACUGACUUCAGUUUGGGAAAAUCGAAUUUUUCUAUCAUACAUAGGCAUAAUUGAUCUUCUUAGAGAGCCACUGUUAAGCUCAGUAAUCGAACUGGCUAGUUUUCCAUACACUUACGUAGUUUCUUUUCGCAGAAAACUGACUCGAAGGCGAAAUACAGAGCUGAAAGAUCGGGAACACAUAAGACGCAUGGAAAUCAUGGCAGCACCCAUCUAAAAGAUUUUAAAAAAUCCAUAGACUGCUAUGAAAGUGACCUGAAAAUUGCGAAAGACCUAGGUGACAGAUGGUUGGAAGGAGCGGUGUAUAGAAAUCUUGGCAUCGCCCAUUACAAGCUGGGAGAAAGUCAAACAGCUCUAGGCUACUUUGAACGUUUACUGAAAAUUGCGAAAGAAUUAGGUGACAGAUGGUUGGAAGGAGCGGCGUAUUGCAAUCUUGGCAUCGUCCUUAACAGUCUUGGAGAAAAAAAUACAGCCAGAGACUACCAUGAAUGUGCACUGGAAAUUUUUAAACAACUGGGUGACAGAUCAGGGGAAGGAGACGUGUAUAGCAAUCUUGGCAACGUCCAUCACAGUCUGGGAGAUUUUAGAACAGCCAUAGACUACUAUGAAUGUAAACUGAAAAUUGUUAAAGAACUGGGUGACAGAUCAGGGGAGGGAGACGCGUAUAGCAGUCUUAGCAACGCCCAUCACAGUCUGGGAGAGUUUAAAACAGCCAUAAACUACUAUGAACGUCACCUGAAAAUUGCGAAAGAACUGGAUGACAGAUCAGGGGAAGGAGAUGCAUAUAGCAAUCUUGGCAACGCCCAUCGCAGUCUGGGAGAUUUUAAAACAGCCAUAGACUAUCAUGAACGUCACCUGAAAAUUGUUAACGAACUGGGUGACAGAUCAGGGAGAGUAAGUGUGUAUCUCACUCUUGGCCACGCUCAUCACAGUCUUGGAGAAAAAAAAACAGCCAGAGACUACCUUGAACGUGCACUGGAAAUUGCGAAAGACAUAGGUGACAGAUGCAGGGAAGUAGAGGCGUAUUGCAACCUUGGCAUCGUCCUUCACAGUCUUGGAGAGAAAAAAACAGCCAGAGACUACAAUGAGCGUGCACUGGAAAUUGCAAAAGAAUGUCUUUACAGACGGGGGGAAGCGGCGGCGAGUUGCAAUCUUGGUACCAUCCAUAAGAGUUUGGGAGAUUUUAAAACAGCCAUAGACUACUAUGAACGUCACCUGAAAAUUGCGAAAGAACUGGAUGACAGAUCAGGGGAAGGAGGUGCGUAUGGCAAUCUUGGCAACGCCCAUAGCAGUCUGGGGGAUUUUAAAACAGCCAUAGACUACUAUGAACGUCACCUGAAAAUUGCGAAAGAACGGGGUGACAGAUCAGGGGAAGGAAGUGCGUAUGGCAAUCUUGGCAACGCCCAUGGCAGCCUGGGAGAUUUUAAAACUGCCAUAGACUACCAUGAACGUAAACUGAAAAUUGCGAAAGAACUGAGUGACAGAUCAGAGGAAGGAGAAGCGUAUAGCAAUCUUGGCAACGCCCAUGGCAAUGUGGGAAAUUUUAAAACAGCCAUAAACUACCAUGAACGUCACCUGGAAAUUGCGAAAGAACUGGGUAACAGAUCAGGGGAAGGAAGAGCGUAUGGCAAUCUUGGCAAUGAGCAUCGCGUUCUAGGAAAUUUUAAAAUAGCCAUAGACUAUUUUGAACGUGCACUAAAAAUUACCAAAGAAAUGGGCGACAGACGGAGUGAAGGACCGGCUUAUAGCGGUCUUGGUACCUGCUAUCACUCUUUAGGAGAUAUUAAAAUGGCCAUAGACUACUAUGAACGUGCCCUGAAAAUUGCAAAAGAAUUGGGUGAAAAGGGGGAUGAAGGAAGGGCGUACAGCAAUCUUGGCAGCGCCCAUUUCGGUCUAGGAGAUUCGAAAACAGCUAUGGUCUAUCAUGAACUUCACCUUAAAAUCGCGAAAGAAUUGGGUGACCGAUGGGGAGAAGGAAAGGCGUAUGACAAUCUUGGAAACGCCUUUAACGGCCUUGGGGAUCUUAAAACAGCCAUAGACUACCAUGAACGUAACCUAAAAAUUGCGAAAGAAUCGGGAGACAGAUUGGGUGAGGGAAUAGCGUGUUUUAAUCUUGGUUAUCAUUUGGGAAAUCUAGGCCAAUUUCCAGAGGCUAUUGGAUAUUACCAGCUCGGUAUUACUUUGUUAAAUGAUAUCAGGGAUCGUCUUCAGUUGAACGACGAGUGGAAAAUAAGCCUACGUGACCAAUACCAGGGAGCAUACGCUUCACUGUGGCGCUUGAUGUUAGCAGAAGGCAAGGUUACGGAGGCCUUGUUCUCUGCCGAGCAAGGGCGGGCACAGGGUCUAAAAGACCUAAUGACAUUGAAUUAUUCAUUUGAAGUGAAUGAUGCGGGAUCAGUUAAAGAAAACGGAACAUUUCAUGGCCUGUCUAGUUGUCUUCCUCUGAAUACAAUAUUUAUGGCGAUUGGAAAGAAUGAAUUAUUUUUGUGGGUUUGUCAGAAAGAAAAGGAGGUUAAAUUAAGACGGCAAAUCAGUUCGCAAGAUAAAGUCGAACUUUUCUUUGAGUCUCUUGUGGAGAAAAUUGGUGUACGCGAUAAUGUGGAGUGUGAAGAUCGCUCACUUGAAUGGGCGAAAGAUAAAAGACUAGCAGUUAAAAGAUCACCUAUACAUGGCAGAGAAAUCCAGCACUUAGACGUUGAACAAACAGCCUUGAGUACAUUGUACGAGACCAUCAUUAAUCCUAUACAAGAUCUUUUUUCUGGAAAUGAACUCGUAUUCAUCCCGGAAGGUCCACUUUGCCUGGCUCCUUUUGCUGCUUUUAAGAGCCCUGAUUCCAAGUACCUUUGCGAAUCAUUCAGAAUUCGCGUGGCUCCGUCCCUGACAAGCUUGAGGAUUAUUGCGGAAUGUCCGCCAGAUUACCACCUCAAUUCAGGCGUACUUCUUAUUGGUGAUCCGUGGGUGCAAGAUGUAAUAGAUCUAUCGCCGCUACCCUACGCCAGAGAGGAAGUAAAUAUGAUUGGCAAAAUGACUGGCUGUACACCUCUUAUUGGAAGACAAGCCACAAAAGACGAGAUUGUGAGACGACUCGGUUCGGUUGCUUUGGUACACAUUGCUGCACAUGGCAGCAUGGAAGCAGGGGAAAUUGCCUUAGCGCCAAAAAGUGGUGAGAAGGACUUCAUUUUGACGAUGAAAGAUGUGAAGCAAGUUCAGCUGCGAGCAAGAUUGGUUGUACUCAGUUGCUGCCAUAGUGCCCAAGGCGAGAUCAAGGCGGAAGGUGUUGUCGGGAUAGCACGGGCAUUCUUAGGCGCCGGUGCCCGUUCUGUUCUGGUGUCUUUGUGGGCAAUUGACGACAAGGCCACUCUUGAAUUUAUGAAAAAUUUCUAUCAGGAUCUUGUGGCAGGAAAAAGUGCAAGUGAAGCCCUUAACCGGGCAAUGAACUGCAUGAGAGAAUCCACAGAAUUUAACGAUGUAAUUAACUGGGCGCCGUUUGUACUCAUUGGUGACGACGUCACAUUGGAAUUCGAUGGUAGCAAAUAG